AUGGCCGAGCAGUUUCGGGGCUGGAGCUUGUCCUUUGCCGGAUGCGGCUUCAUGGGCUUUUACCACGUCGGGGUGACCCGGUGUCUGAGCGAGCACGCCCCGCAACUGCUACGCGACGCCCCCAAAAUACUGGGCGCCUCGGCCGGGGCUCUGCACUGCGCCUUCUUCCUGUGCGGGAUCCCACUGGACCAUCGACUUCAGAUUCUCAUGAAUCUCUGCAAAAGUGCCAGAAAGCGCAACCUAGGCGUGCUACAUCCUUCCUUUCAGAUGAGCCAAUACCUCCGGGAUGGUCUAAACAAGUACCUCCCGGAUAAUGCUCACCAGCUGCUCUCUGGCAAGAUGGUCGUCUCCCUCACCAGAGUGUCUGAUAGGAAGAAUGUGUUGGUAUCCGACUUUGAUUCCAAGGAAGAGGUCGUGGAUGCGUUAGUUUGUUCCAGUUUCAUUCCAUUCUAUGGUGGCUUAAUUCCUCCAUCCUUCAGAGGUGUGCGCUACAUGGAUGGAGGAGCGAGCAGCAACGUUCCUCUCAUCGACGCCAGCACCACCAUCACUGUUUCUCCUUUCUACGGGGAGCACGACAUCUGCCCCAAAGUCGUAUCGACCAACUUCUUCCAUGUGUCUUUCGCCAACCUCAGCUUCCGUCUCUGCUCAGGCAAUGUUUACCUCCUAGCCAGAGCACUUUUCCCACCGGAGCUAAAGGUACUUGGAGAGAUCUGUCUUCGGGGAUAUUUGGAUGCAUUGAGAUUCUUGGAGGAAAAGGGCAUCUAUAACCCACCACCUCCUGGGCCGAAUGUGCCUUCAGAAGGGAGCGAACCAGAGAUCACUUCAUCCUGUGCUGAAAAUGGGAGUCCCCCAGCAGCUCUCCGGAGGCGGAGUGUUCAUGAGAUAAUGCCAGAGAGCAACGAGCUUUUGGACCAUCUGCGACUCAGCAUAAUUCCAUGGGACGAGGACAUUUUGGAAAUCCUCCCACCUGAACUUUCUUUAGCUCUGCAAAAGGCAAUGAAAGAAAAGGAUGGAUACUUGGCCAAGAUACUCAACAGCUUACCUGUUCGGAUAAUGUCUUACAUGAUGCUGCCAUGUACGCUGCCUGUGGAAUCGGCGGUUUCUGUUGUGCUAAGGCUAAUGAGAUGGUUUCCAGACAUGCCCAAUGACCUGGAAUGGCUGCAAUGGGUGGCCUAUAAAAUGUGCUCUCAGGCUAGAAGGUCUCUUUUCACCAUCCAAGAACCAAAGUCCACCUUUGGGAAGAAGCAAUCAGAUUGUCUCUCCUGAAGCAGUCCUCGAGGAGCCUGGCCGGCAAACAAAAACUCUCAGUCCCUUUACUUGUCUUAAAGACUGGCUCUGCCAUAAGCCUUUAUGUUCAGCAA